CAGUCUCUCUCAUCCACAGUGGCAGCAGGGUCACAUUAGAAACUGCUAUUGCUGAGACUUUCUCAGGUGAAUUCUGCACUAUUUUGCCCCCUUGUCCUUACUUGUUCUUCUCAAGAGAUAUUCUCAUACACAUUGCACUGAGCAGUCCUGGGAAGACUCUUUCCUGAGAAGGCAAGCUCUUGGCUGUGAUUGUAUAUUGCAGUCAUGGCGCCUAAAAAGAAGAAUGUCAAAAAGACGAAGUUGGAUGUCAAUGAGUUGACAAUCAUAGUGGAGGAUGGACCCCUGGGCAAACUGAAUGGCUUGAACGGCCUUUUGGAAGGAGGGAAUGGUUUCAGUUGUGUCUCAGCAGAGGUUUCUGAUGCUCUCUACAGUCCCAAUCUCUUGGAAGGGCUAUGCAGAAUGAGGAUGGAAAACUUUCUCUGUGAUUUAGUCAUUGGUACCAAAACAAAGACCUUUGAUGUACACAAGGUGGUGAUGGCCUCAUGUAGUGAUUACUUCCAUAACAUCUUAAAGAAAGAUCCAUCUACUCAACGAGUAGACCUCAAUGAUGUUUCUCCAUUGGGCUUAGCUACAGUUAUUGCAUACGCCUACACUGGGAAGCUCACACUCUCACUGUACACUAUAGGUAGCAUUAUCUCUACAGCCAUUUAUCUCCAAAUCCAUACCCUUGUAAAGAUGUGCAGUGAUUUUUUGAUGCGAGAAAUCAAUGUGGAGAACUGUACAUACAUUGCCAACAUUGCUGAGACCUAUGGACUGAAGAACUCCAAGGAGGCGGCGCAGAAAUUCAUUAGGGACAACUUCAUCGAAUAUUCUGAAUCGGAUCAGUUCUUAAAACUUAGUUUUGACCGGAUCAAUGAACUCCUUGCAGAUGAUGACUUGCAGUUGCCUUCUGAACUUGUUGCAUUCCAAAUUGCAAUGAGAUGGCUAGAAUUUGACCAAAAACGAGCAAAAUAUGCUGCUGAUCUCUUGAGCAACAUUAGAUUUGGUACCAUCUCUGCCCAAGAUCUAGUGAACUUUGUUCAAACUGUGCCAAGGAUGAUGGAAGAUGCUGAAUGUCAUAGACUUCUAGUGGAUGCCAUGAACUAUCACUUACUCCCCUAUCACCAGAAUACAUUGCAAUCUAGAAGAACAAGGAUUCGUGGAGGAUUACGAGUCCUGGUUACAGUUGGGGGACGCCCAGCUUUAACAGAGAAAUCCCUUAGCAGAGACAUCUUAUACAGAGAUCCUGACAAUGGAUGGAAGAGGCUUACUGAAAUGCCAGCUAAAAGCUUCAACCAAUGUGUCACUGUGAUGGAUGGAUUCCUCUAUGUGGCAGGUGGUGAAGACCAGAAUGAUGCCAGGAAUCAGGCUAAGCAUGCAGUCAGCAAUUUCUGCAGAUAUGAUCCUCGCUUCAACACAUGGAUUCAUCUGGCAAACAUGAAUCAAAAGCGCACCCAUUUCAGUCUGAAUGUGUUCAAUGGCCUCCUUUUUGCAAUCGGUGGCCGCAACUCUGAAGGGUGUCUCUGUUCCGUUGAAUGUUAUGUCCCUGCAACUAAUCAGUGGCAAACAAAGGCCCCACUGGAGGUAGCUAGGUGCUGCCAUGCUAGUGCGGUAAUAGAUGGCAGGAUCCUGGUCACUGGAGGGUACAUAAAUAAUGCUUAUUCUCGCUCUGUCUGCAUGUACGACCCUGCCAAUGACAGCUGGCAGGAUAAACCCAGCCUAAGCACACCAAGAGGGUGGCAUUGUGCCAUUUCCCUUGGGGAAAAGGUCUAUGUUAUGGGUGGGUCUCAACUGGGAGGGCGAGGGGAAAGGGUUGAUGUCCUUCCUGUGGAGUGCUUCAGUCCGUAUCCUGGCCAGUGGAAUUAUGCCUCUCCUCUUCCAACCGGUGUGAGCACUGCUGGGGCCUCCAUCCUUAAUGGGAAAAUUUAUUUGGUGGGAGGCUGGAAUGAAAUAGAGAAGAAAUACAAGAAAUGCAUUCAGUGCUACAACCCUGACCUUAAUGAAUGGACCGAAGAGGACGAGUUGCCUGAAGCCACUGUAGGAGUCUCCUGCUGCACCAUUGCCAUGCCCAACACUAAGACCAGGGAAUCCCGGGCCAGCUCCGUAUCUUCAGUACCAGUCAGUAUUUAACUAUUAAAAAAAUUAAGUAUAGAAGAGCUAGAUCUGUUUUUUUUUUAAUAUUUACUAUGUCCAGCUGUGUUCUAAUCCCUUUUGCACCUACUGGAAGGGAAUGGAGGAAACACCAUUUGUGUGUCAAUACUAGCUGUCAUUUUCAGUUUUGCAGAACUAGCCAAUUUCUCUGGUAUUUAAAAUACAUGGUAUGACCUAAGGAAUUUAAAGCUGACAGAUUUGCUUAGUAAUACCAAGUUCUUGACAGCCUGACAAUCAGUUCAUAAGAAGUUGGUAAAAAUGCCCUAACCUGGAUAGCCCGAGCAAGCCCGAUCUCUUCAGAUCUCGGAAGCUAAGCAGGGCUGAC